AUGGGUACAUGCACCUCUUCAAUUAGAAAACAAGCUGCAAAAGGGAAUAAGAAUACAAGAAGAAGGUUAUCAAUAAGCACUAAGAGUGAGUUACCAAAUGACACAGAAGAAAUAAAAAGAAGCAUUCAAGAGUUAAAAGAAAAUGAAGAUAGAUUUAAAGAAUCAUCCGAAAAUGUAACAAUAGUAAGAGAAUCUAUAAUUAAAGAAAAAGAAAAAAAAGUAGAUAAUCAAAAAAGAAAUAUAAAAAAAAGAUCAUCUGUAGCAGGUGUAAGAGCAUCUCAUUUUCAGGAAGAUUUUGAAAAAAAGUGUGUAAAAAUUAAAGGAUCAGUUGAUAGAUUAAAUAAGAAUGGGAUAGGGUAUGUUUGUAGAAAGGGUUUAAAGCCAGAAAGUCCAAAUCAAGAUGAUUUUAUUAUUAUUACAAUGGAUAACUUAGCUUUGUAUGCUAUUUUUGAUGGGCAUGGACCAUAUGGUCAUGAUGUUUCUAAUUAUGUACAAAAAGAAUUACCAUAUAUGAUUAUUAAGAAUGAGAAUUUUUUAAGAAAUCCUAAAGAAGUUUUUACCGAAGCAUUCUUAAAUAUACAUGAAAACUUAGAAAAAACUACUAACGCCUACUUAGAAUCAUUUUCAAAUCAAAACGUCAACAAUGCAUUAAGUUCAGAUAUGUUUAUAAAUAAGCAUGAUGUUUCAUCAAAUGAAGAAGAUGAAGAUGAUGACACUGAUAGUGAUAGCUUUGACUGUGGGAAUAGUGAUGAUGAUGAUUCUGAUAAAAAAAAGAAAAAUGAUGAAAAUUGUAAAAAUGAUAAUGAAAAAGAAAAUGUAAUACAGAAAAAAGAAGCAUUAAAAAAAAAAAAAAAAAAAAAAGAAAUUUUUUUUGAUAGUACAAUGAGUGGUACAACAGCAACAAUAAUAGUUCAUUUAUUUAAAGAAAAAAAAUUAUAUAUAGCUUAUGUAGGAGAUUCAAGAGCUGUAUUGGGAAAAAAGAAAGAUGGAUCAAAUCAAUUGGUUGCUGUUGAAUUAACUAAAGAUCAUAAGCCCAAUUCUAGUGGAGAAAAAAAAAGAAUUUUAAAUUCAGGUGGUCAAGUUAUGAAAUUAGAAGGAGAUAUACCUUAUCGAGUUUUCAUAAAAAAUAAAUUUUAUCCUGGUUUAGCUAUGUCUAGAGCAAUAGGUGAUACAAUUGGUCAUCAAAUAGGUAUAAUUUCAGAACCAGAUUUUUUAGAAGUUAAUAUAAAUGAAGAAGAAGAUAUUUUAGUUUUAAUAUGUAGCGAUGGUGUAUGGGAAUUCAUCUCUUCAGAAGAAGCAAUUAAUUUAAUUUACGAAUUUGGAUAUGAAAAUGUUCAAGAUGCAGUUGAAAACUUAGCAAAAGAAUCAUGGGAUCGUUGGCUAAAUGAGGAAGAAAAUAUUGUUGAUGAUAUAACAAUACAAGCUAUAUAUUUAUCAGAAAAGUCUAAAAAUAAAAAAGAAAAAAUAUAA